AUGAAAGAUAGUCACCCAAAUUUUGGAAAAGAAACAUCAUCAACUGAGGAUUAUAAAGAUAUUGAAUUUGUACAAUGGCUUGUAUUCUUUUUAUUUGUUGCAUUAAUUCCAUCAACAAUUUGGUUAUGGAAAAAGUUCAAUCCAAAACCAAUCGCUAAACAUUUCGAUUGUUCAUGUGAAGGUUGUGAAAGAAAAUCUGAAGAAAGAAUUAAAUUAGAAAAGAAAGAAAUGAAAUCAACAUCAAAUAAAAUUAAAAUUGGUAUCAUUGCAUUCUUUUGGGUACUCUUUUUCUUCUUGUUAUACAUUGUUUUAACAAGUACAGCACCAACUAAAGAACCAUAUAAUCCUUAUACAAUUCUUGGCAUUGAACCUGGAGCAACAACAGAAGAAAUUAAAAAAGCACAUAAAAAGAUGAGUUUGAAAUUUCAUCCAGAUAAGAAUCCAGGUAAUGUUGAAGCAGAGGAAAUGUAUAUGUCAAUUGCAAAAGCAUAUCAAGCAUUAACUGAUGAUGCAAUUAGAGAGAAAUGGGAAACUUAUGGUAAUCCAGAUGGACCACAACGUAUGUCCAUUGGUAUUGCAUUACCAUCAUGGUUGAUUAAUAAGGGUAAUUCACCAAUUGUAUUGACAGUGUAUUUGUUAUUGUUGGUUGUUGCAUUACCAAGUGCAGUUUACUAUUGGAAUAAGAGUACCAAGAGUAAAUUACCAGCACAAAUUGAACAACAAUCAUUAGCACUCUACUAUCAUGUGAUCGAUGGUACAACUCGUCUAAAGUCAAUGAUUGAAAUUUUAGCUGCAACCACAGAGUAUAAGACAAGUUUGGUAGAGAGAAAGAGUGAUGAUGAAAACUUGAAGAAUCUCUUCAAAUCCAUUCCCGACGCAUACAAGGUUAAGAAGGCACGUUUCAACGCUCCAUACAUUGUAAAGGGUACCAUUCUAUUGUAUGCCCAUUUAUGCCGUAUCAAAGAUAUGCCACAAACCCUCAGAGAUGACCUCAAUCAAAUCAUAAAGACCUAUCGUCAUUAUUUGACUGGUGCUUUUCAAGUCACUCGUGAGAAACGUCAAUUGGUUGGUUUGGUAGAAUUGGUUAAACUCUCACAAUGUAUCAUGCAAAGCGCUUGGGAAGAUCAAUCCCUCAAACAAUUACCACAUCUCGAUAGUUUCAUGGCUCAACAAUUAAAGAGUAAUCACGUUCAAGACAUUGCCAAAUUCAAAGCUAUGUCUGAGGAAAAGAGAAAGGAGCUAUUAACUAAAGUUGGUGGUACCGCCCUCAACGACGCAAAGAUUAAAGAUAUUGAAAACAUCCUCGAAAAGAUUCCUUGUCAAGUUGGUAUCAAAUGGAGAAUCACCUCUGAAAAUCCAACAUUCUUAGCUAGUUCCGUUUGUAUUUUAGAGGUUGAGUUUGUUGAUCAAAUUGCACUUAAAAAACAAAAGCAAGAAGAAGCCGCCGCUGCCAUCGCAACCAAAGAAGCAGCUAAAAAUAAACCAAAUUUAGCUCCAGCCGAAAAGAAAGGUGGUGCAAGAAAAAGAACAACCGUUAAAAAAACUAAAGAUGGUGCUAAAGAAGAUGAAUCAUCCCCUUCCUCCUCUGGUAAAGCCGAAGAAAAAGAUCAAAGUGAAGAUGAACAACAAGAAGAAGAAAUCAAAGAAGAAAAGAAAGAAAAGAAAGAAAAGAAAAAGAUUUUAGAUGCAGAUGGUAAUGAAAUUGAAGACUCUGAUGAUGACUCUGAAUUUGAUGACGAUGAAUACAGUGAUAGUGAUGACGAUGAUGCUUGGGAGAAAGUACCAAAGAAAUCAUUAAUUAAUCCACCAAAGGAAUUAUGUCAUUCUCCAUUCACAUUUGAUGAUAAACCAGUAAACUUUUGGAUUUUAAUGGGUAAUCGUCAAAAGAAUGAAUUGGUUGCAUUGGGUAAAACUGAAACCUUUACACCAGGUACCAUCGUUAAAUAUCCAUUCCUUUCAGCCGCUGAAAUUGGUACCGCUCAUUAUUCACUCUACGUCAUGUGUGAUGGUUAUUUAGGUUGUGAUGUUGAAACUGAUGUUUCAAUUAAUCUCGCUCAUAAUCCACGUCCAUUACAACUUCAACCAUUACCACGUGUUCAACAACAACCUGUACCACCACAAAGAAAAAUUGGUGAUGCUGCAGAUGAUGAUAGCGACGAUGAUGAAGUUGCAAACAAAAAAUCAAAUGAUACAGUUCAACAAAAACAACAACAACAACAAGCAGCUCAGCAAAAACAACAACAAGCAGCUCAACAAGCAGCUCAACAACAACAAAUACCAGAAAUUAUUACACCAUCUCAACAACAACCAACAUCACCACAACAACAAUCAACAAAACCACUCACUCAAAAACAAAUUAAUCAACAACAAAAAUUAUUAAAAAAACAACAAAAAGCCGCAACUUCUUCACCUUCCCCUGUAAAAGAAGUUAAAAAAGAUAAAUAA